AUGUCUAACAAGUGCCUGAAUCAGGACUAUGAGGCCCUCCGGAGUCAGUGCCUGAUGCAGAAUGAGCUUUUCUGUGAUCCUUCUUUCUCUGCUACAUUCGGGUCUCUGGGCUUUGAUCAAUUCGGACCCAAUUCCAACAACACCAAGGGGGUGGAAUGGAAAAGGCCUGGAGAGUUGUGUUCAAAACCCCAGUUCAUCAUCAGCGGUGCCACACGUGCCGACGUCUGCCAAGGAGCACUGGGCGACUGUUGGCUGAUGGCAGCUAUUGCCUCUCUCACUCUGAACAAAGACAUUCUGGCACGUGUGAUUUAUCCUGAACAGAACUUCACAGAUAAGUAUGCUGGGAUCUUUCACUUUCAGAUUUGGCAGUACGGCAAAUGGGAAGAAGUUGUUGUCGAUGACCGACUUCCCACCAAAAACGGAAAGCUGCUGUUUGUUAAAUCGGCAGAACAAAAAGAAUUCUGGAGCGCGCUCCUGGAGAAGGCUUAUGCUAAGGUGAACGGCUGCUACGAGAACCUCUGUGGAGGUUUUCCAGGCGAAGCACAGGAGGAUUUCACUGGAGGGAUUGCCGAGUGCUUCUUACUAAACAAAGCUCCAUCGAACCUGUUUGAUAUCAUGAAGAAAGCUCUGAGUCGGGGCUCUCUUCUGAGCACGUCCAUUAUUGUGAAUGGUGGGGAAAAAGAAAAACUGACCCAAGAGCAACUGAUGGAAAAGCAUGCCUACUCCAUCACUGAUGCAAAGGAGGUGCAGACGAGUGAGGGUCGGGUCGAACUGGUUCGUCUGAGAAAUCCCUGGGGUCACAUAGAGUGGACUGGUGCCUGGAGUGACUGCUCCAAAGAGUGGAGUCAAGUUUCACCUGAGGAUAAGGCCAUGCUUGAUUGCUCGGCUGAUGAUGGAGAAUUCUGGAUGACAUAUGCAGACUACAUUAAGAGAUAUUCCAAGCUCGAUAUUUGCAAUUUGACCCCAGAUGUGCCAAGUGUUGACAAUUUGCGAUCCUGGAACUUUUGCCAAUUUGAGGGCACAUGGAAAGUCGGUGCUACAGCUGGGGGCUGCUUUAACUUCCUAGCUUCAUUCGCCACAAACCCACAGUUUUGGGUCAAACUGGACAUCGACAGUGAGGGUGAUGGAAAAUGUUCAGUACUUGUGGCACUGAUGCAGAAAGGUGUACGCAAAGCAAAACAAACUGGUUUAAAACCCUGCGCCAUUGGUUUCUUCAUCUUGAAGGUUCCAGAUAAGUAUAAGGGAAAGCAAAAUGUCCGCCUAGAAUUUGAAGAUCUGCAAAAACCGGUGGCUAAAAGCGACUUCACAAACAUGCGUGAGGUGUAUCAGCGCCUCGACCUUCCGCUUGCUGAAUACGUCAUCAUUCCUGCUAACUACCAAACGAAUCAAGAGGCCAGCUUUCUGUUGCGUGUGUUUUCGGAGAAUUUGACGCACCCCUUUGGUUGCGUGAGAGAUGAAACCACGCCCGAAGGAGGAGAAAAACCCGAAAACUUCCUCAAACAUCUUUUCUGCAAACGCACUCGAUCCAGAUCCUCCAGAGCACCAGGUUCGAACAUGUCGGGAGUGGCGUCCACUUUGGCCAAGAAGCGAGCCCGGUCUGCGGGUUUCGGCACCAACGCGAACGCCAACAAGUACCUGAACCAGGACUAUGAGGCGCUCCGGAGCCAGUGCGCCAGUCAGGGGCAGCUUUUCUCCGACCCUUACUUUCCAGCUGCGCCAGAGUCCCUGGGCUUUAAUGAGCUCGGACCUAAUUCCUCCAAGACCAGGGGGGUACAAUGGAAAAGACCUAAAGAUCUGUCCUCCAGACCUCAGUUCAUCAUCGGAGGAGCUACACGGACCGACAUCUGCCAAGGAGCUCUGGGGGACUGCUGGCUCUUGGCGGCUAUCGCCUCUCUCACACUGAACGAAGAUGUGAUGGCCAGAGUGGUCCCCAGUGGCCAGGACUUUGGAUCCGGCUACGCUGGAAUCUUUCACUUUCAGUUCUGGCAGUUUGGUGAGUGGGUGGACGUCGUCAUUGACGAUCGGCUCCCCGUGAAGGACGGAAAGUUGCUGUUUGUCCACUCAGAAGACGGCAAUGAGUUCUGGAGCGCUCUACUGGAAAAGGCCUACGCUAAGGUGAACGGCUCGUAUGAGGCUCUGUCCGGAGGCUCGACCACUGAGGGCUUCGAGGAUUUCACCGGCGGGAUUGCCGAGCAGUACGAGCUCAGGAAAGCGCCUGCCAACAUGUUCCAGAUCAUCCAGAGCGCAUUGGCGUCUGGAGCGCUGCUCGGCUGUUCCAUAGACAUCACAAGUGCUGCUGAUUCAGAGGCCAUCACUCGGCAGAAACUGGUGAAGGGACAUGCCUACUCGUUGACAGGGGCUGUCGAGGUAAAUUACCGUGGUGGUAGAGAGAAGCUGGUGCGCAUGAGGAACCCAUGGGGUCAGGUGGAGUGGACUGGAGCCUGGAGUGAUGGCUCGUCCGAGUGGAACUCUGUGGACUCAUCGGAGCGUCCGAAUGCCAACGCAGAAGACGGAGAGUUUUGGAUGUCAUUUUCCGAGUUCCAGCGGCAGUACUCGCGUAUAGAGAUCUGCACCCUGACCCCGGACGCCGUCACUAGCAGCAACGUUAAGCCGUGGAGCGUGAAAAACUACAGUGGCAUGUGGAGGAGUGGCUCCACAGCCGGAGGAUGCAGGAACAAUGCCCAUACGUUCUGGAUGAACCCGCAGUUCGUCAUCAAGGUGAACGAAGAGGAUGACGAUCCGACUGACAACGAGAAGGGCUGCAGCCUGGUGGUGGGGCUGAUCCAGAAGAACCGGCGCCGCCUGAGAAAGCAGGGAGAGGACAUGCACACCAUCGGCUACGCCAUCUACGAGGUUCCUCCUCAGUUCUAUGGCCAGACUAACCUGCACCUGGACAAGAACUUUUUCCUGACACACGCGCAGAAAGCUCGGUCCGAGACCUUCAUCAACCUGCGCGAGGUCUGCACGCGGUUCAAGCUGCCCCCCGGCGAAUACCUCGUCGUGCCCUCCACCUUCGAGCCCAACAAGGACGGCGACUUCUGUCUACGCGUCUUCUCUGAAAAGCAGACGGAAACACAGCGUUGUGACGAUCCCGUCGAAGCGAAAUUAAUUGACGAAACCGUGUCCGACACUGAAGUGGAAGGAACCUUCAGGGCCAUGUUCAUGAAACUGGCAGGAACCGACAUGGAGAUCUCUGCUUCAGAGCUUCGAACUAUACUGAACAGAGUUGUCUCGAAACGAACCGACAUCAAGACGGACGGCUUUUCCCUGGACACCUGUCGCACCAUUGUCAACCUCAUGGACGACACUGGGAAUGGGAAGCUCGGGCUGGGAGAGUUUGCCACUUUGUGGAAGAAAGUGCAAAGAUACAUGAACAUCUAUAAGGAAAAUGACCUUGAUGGCUCUGGGAAUAUAAGCACAACAGAGUUUCGUGGGGCGCUGGCAAAAGCUGGCUUUACUCUGAACGAUGCAAUUUACCAGCUCUUGGUGGCCCGCUUCGCCGACCCUACCCUCAACAUUGACUUCGAUGACUUUGUCGGCUGCAUCAUGCGACUGGAGCUGAUGUUCCGCGUUUUCCAAAGGAUGGAUCCACACAAAACCGGUUUCUUAGAGUUGGACUUUCAAAAUUGGAUCCUUUUAACUAUGAUCUAAACGGCUCCUGGGCACUGCAGACAAGCUAAGACUCCUGUUGCUACCCGUUUUCUGUUAUAUAAACACGAUUCUUAAGGCAGACAGUGUGUAAAACUUUUUUUUUUUUUACUUUUUUGGUUUCUGAGGUAAAUUUUAUCCGAAGGAUUUAAAAAUGGGUGCUGUAAUACAGUAUACAUGCAAUUAGCAUGCUGUUGUAGGGUUUCUAAUUGUGCAUUAAACCAAAAAAACAUUGCUAAUUAAAGAUUUCGGUUUGAAACAUGCUCCCGAUUAGCAAAAUGACCGUACCUACGGGUAUAACAAGCCAUGUUUAUACAACAUUAUCUGUUGAUAUUACAGGCUACAUGCUCUUUUUUGAUAGACCCAUUAGAAAAAAAAGUUGGAAUAAAUACAUGCUCAUAUAUACAGUAUAUACUGUGUGUAUGUAUACAUAUAAAUAUAUAUAUAUAUAUAAAUAUAUUUAUCAGCCUGUAUUUACCUAACAAUUCAGCAAAGAAAAACACUAUUGUACUCUAAAAUCUAUUUGUUUAUGAAGACAAUCAUGAUUGUGAUGUUUUUAUGGUCUGCCUUUUUUAACCCAAGUUUUAAUUCACAAAAAAAAAAAAAAAAACUUUUCAUGGAGGUUCGUGUGAAGUCACAAAACAAACCUGAGUGACUUGCACCAAUCACAGGCUCGUAUGCUAAUUUAUGCAAAUGAUUAACUAGAAGAAAGAUGUUAUUUUGGUGAAUGAGUUGCACUUGUUACGGUGGGGUUAUUUUUUCUGAUUAAUUCUAUUAUUUUAUUACGGUUAUAGUGUAAUUGAACGCAGGUCAGGGGACACGUACGGGAACGCAUUUUCGCGUCUUGAGGAAGGGAUGGAGAUUUAUCUACUGACAAAUUGCAUAUUUAUGCAUAUAGAUUCUUGGUGUAUACUUCGGGGGGGAAAUUCAUAUGAAACAAUUUUAUCUACAAUUUGGAGCGACACCUUAAGGGGAUUUUUUUUUGUAAACCCAUGAUAUAGUUUGAACAUUGUGUUUUCACUUAAGAGUGGUGGGGUUUUUUUGUUGUGUUUUUUUUUUUCCCCCCUUCAGUGGUGGUAUCCAUAACGAUUUCACAAUGUACUGACAAAGCAAUGUGUUUUCAGCUUGUUAUUUUCUUCACCAUUAAACAUCUUGUGAAAGUUUA